AGCCAAGCAAAGUAUUUUGGCUGGCGAUGGCGGACCGAUUCGUCGCGGCGCAUCCCUGGCACGACCUCGAAAUCGGUACGCUCGUCUCGUGUUCUCUUGAUUCUCAGGCUGUUCUUGCGAUCUUCUCACGCGAUCGAGCCUCUUGUUUCGUGGCCAAACCCCAAGCAUUGCUUGAAUCGGUUUUCCAGGUCGUGGAAAUCGCCAAAGGCAGCAAAGUCAAGUAUGAGCUCGACAAGCAGAGUGGAUUGAUCAAGGUUGAUCGAGUCCUUUAUUCCUCGGUGGUUUAUCCACACAACUAUGGAUUUGUUCCACGCACGCUGUGUGAAGACAAUGACCCGCUUGACGUUCUUGUGAUCAUGCAAGAGCCUGUUCUUCCAGGAGCGUUUCUCCGAGCCAAAGCCAUCGGGCUCAUGCCGAUGAUCGAUCAGGGGGAGAAGGACGAUAAGAUCAUAGCAGUGUGCGCUGAUGAUCCAGAGUACAAGCAUUGCACGGACAUCAAGCAGCUCCCGCCUCACAGGCUAGCAGAGAUUCGCAGGUUCUUCGAGGAUUACAAGAAGAACGAGAAUAAGCAAGUAGAGGUGGAAGACUUCCUUCCCGCGGAGAAAGCCAUAGAAGCUGUGCGCAACUCAAUGGAUUUGUACGCGGCCUACGUUGUGGAGACCCUUCGCCAGUAGGAAGCCAUGGAAGCUUCGCACAGGACACACACUUCAUUAUAAUUGUUUAUCUUUGCGUUAAUCAAACAAAGUUAUUCCAGCUCUAAAACCA